UUUAAUAUUUCAGUAAUACAAUACUAUUGUAUUUGAAUACUUUAAAUAUUAUAAGAUAUUAUGGAAACCCCAAAUCAUAGUAACCUUUUAGAUGAAGAAAAGCAGUUUUCAUGUACAUUUAAUGGUUGUGGACGAACUUACAAAACAAAAGGAAAUCUAAAAACACAUCAAAAAAUUCACUCUGGCAAAUUCAGCUUUUAUUGUGAUUAUGAAGGUUGUGAAAAAGGUUUUGUUUCUGCAUACAGUUUUAAAGUUCAUUAUCGACAUCAUACUGGAGAGCGUCCAUACUCUUGUGAUAACAAUGGUUGUGCAAAAAGCUUUAAUACUUUAUAUCGACUUCGUGCUCAUCAACGUGUUCAUGAUGGUACUCUAUUUAUUUGUUAUUUUCAAGAUUGCAUUAAAGGUUUCACAACUAAAAGUGAUUUAACCAAACAUGUUCGAAUACACACACAAGAUCGACCUUUCCAAUGUAAAGAGAUUGAUUGCAGUCAAGCUUUUUUAGCAUCCCAUCAUUUAAAAGCUCAUCAACGUACUCAUAGCGGAGAAAAACCAUUUUCAUGCAAUGAAAAAGGCUGUGAAAGGGUAUUUGCUUCAAAGUAUGGGUUAAAAAUGCACACUCAAAAGCAUAAAGAUUCAGUUGAUGGUUCAUUUCCAGAUCAAAUAUAUGAGAAAACAUUUUUAACUAAAAUGAGAUCGAAUAACUUCGAAAAUAAUCAAUCAAAUUUUAACGAAGAAAACAAUUCUGACAAAUUAUCUAAGUUUCAAGAAUCAGAUGAACCAUUACUUAAUUCCACAGAGAAAAAAUGGAAACCUAAGCGAGAAGAAUCAAAAAUCAAUAAUAACACAGAUCUCAUUAAUGAAAUGAAUGUGAAAAACUCCAUAGACACUUUGAAACACCAGAUUAUAAGCACACAAGAAGAUAAAAAUACUUCAGAUUUCUUAUAUCAUCCAUUCUGUAAACCUAUGCAUACUGAAGGAUACUUCCAAUAUAAAACAGCUCCUAACAGUGUCCCACAAACGUUGCCUAUGAGUAGUCCUUCUGAAUUUGUGAAUCUUUUACAUAACUCUUACAUAACUAUUGACGAUAGUGAUUCCUCUUUAAGAUUAUUAUCAUACCUUGCUACCCAAGGUAAUUUGGAAAUUCUUGGAGAAAGUACUUGUACUUGUACCACAAGCUCAUUAAAUUUAUAUUCAGACACUUUUGUAAAUUCUACUUCGGUAGAAAAUCCUUCAAUAUUAUGCUGUGAUAAAACAAAGGCCAAUACACCAUCAAUAAAUUCUUUGCAGGAUAAAGACUGGGAAAACAACUUUUCUAAUCAGAAUGGAAGUAUUUUAAGCAGUAGAACACUGCUCAAUAGUAAUGUCAAUGCAACUGCAGUUCACAGUAAUAUUAAAAUGUCAUGUGGAAUCACAACACGUUGCCAUGAUACUGUUUUAAAAAGAAGCUCUGUUAUAAUUUGCCCUGAUUCUUCACAUGAAUGUCUUUCGAAUUGUCAUAUGGUUUUAUUCAUAAACUUUGCAAUUAAGGCCAUACGAAGUAUGGAUAUUCAAGUACAUGAAUCUGUUGACAACAAAAUUGAAAUGCAAAAUUGCCUUAAAACAUGUUCUUCUCAAUCAGAAAGUACAGCUGAAUCAUUUGAUGGUACUUGUUCUGACAUAUCCUUUACAGAGAUUGGUCCUGAAAGCAUUGCUUAUGAAAUUGAAAAACUGAUUGAUGUUAGAAAAGACGAGAAUGGACAUCAUCUUUAUCAGGCUAGGUGGGUUGCCCACACAUGGAUACCAGAGGAAUAUUUGCUUUCAUUUCCACUUUUGUUGAAGCAAUACUGGGAUGAAAGACGCCAAAAACAUAUUCAAAAGCAUGGAGAAGAAUCUCAUAGUUUAUUGGAUGAAGAGUUAAGAGGAAAUGGAGAAGCUACUUCAAUCUAUGUUGAAGAGCCAGGUGGUGAAGAGACUACUAGUUUAUCUAAAACUGUUUUCCGAAGCUACCUAGGUGAAAAGACCUUGGAAAAUGUAAGUUGCCAAACGUGUGACCAAGUACCUUUAUCGAAAAACGAUUAUAAUGAAUUUUGUAAAGAAAAAGAUGAACAACCUGAUAUUCGAAGAGCAGAAAAUGUUGAUUAUGUUUCAUUAACUGAAAAUUCACCAUGUGCAACGUGCAUAAAAAGAAAGGAAUGCAGUUUAAAAAAUCAAUUCAUUAAUGAAUCACAACAGCUUAUUAAUUGCCAUUUAAGAGUUUGCAAUGAUAACUCCCAAGUAUUGGAGUGCAAUGAAUGUCGUAAACAAUUUUUGUACAAGCAAUUGUUCUCUGAUUUUACUACAAAAACUGUUUUUUUGAAUAUAAAUGUUUCAAGAGACGCUGAAAAAAACUUGGAAAAUAUUUCAAAACCAUUUAAAUGUUGUGUUUGUUGUAGAGCAUUUCUUACCAGAGAGGAAAUGAAAGAACACGAGGUUAAGCAUGUAAACACAUCUUCUAGGUAUACUUGUGCAACUUGCGGUGCAAAGUUUACUACGAGAGUUCAACUUGAAGAACAUUAUGGUUCUGACAGUAAUGAGUGUUCACCUAGAAAAUGUGAGAUUUGUGACAAAGUGUUUAUUCAUGGUAAUCAUUUGAAAAGGCAUAUGACAAUUCAUGCAGGUCUUAAACCUUUUGUUUGUCCGAUAUGUGACCAUGAGUUUAAUCAAAGGAGUGAUCUUCAAAGACACCAUAAAAGGCAUCUUUUAUCAGAUGGAUCUUAUGUAUGCAAUAAAUGUGCAAAACGAUAUGAAAGCAUUGAAAAGCUUAAAAAUCAUAUAAUAAUAGAGCAUAAGUUAGAUGAAAACUCUAAAUCUAACAUAUUCAAAUGUGACCGAUGUGAUAAAGUGUUUGGUCGGAAAUCUCAUUAUAAACGUCAUCUAAGUAUUCAUGAUGGCUUAAAACCGCACGUUUGCCAAGUUUGUUUUAAGUCAUUUAAUCAAAAGACCGAUUUAAAUAGACACACAAUGACUCACUUAAGAAAGCAUAUGAAUAUUUAUGGAGAGAAUUCUGAAAACACUUGUGAGGUUUGCAAUAAAACAUUUACAACUCAAGCAAAAUUUGUGGAACAUUACCUAACUCAUCAAAAAAUAACGGUUUACUAAUUUAUGUUUAAUCAAGUUGCUGAGUUUAUUAAAUACGCCAAAAUUCACCCUGCCGUUAGUUAUGGCUAUGUUAUUGAUGCUAAUAAAUUCAUGGAGCUGAUUGCAGUAGUUGAAAUUAUUUGCUCUCUACUGAUUCUAUUUGGUCCUCGUAUGUUAAAGUUAUCAAGCUGUUUAGUUUUUACGUCAAUAAUUAUAGGGGCGUUGUAUUUUCUUUACACCUUAAACGAACCGUUCUUGUACUUAUUUUUAAACUCUAUGCUGCUCCUCGUGCUCUUCAUAAGAUUGCAUCUCUUUUAUUUUCCGUUCAUAAAGAAGUGCGAUCAAAACGAAAAUGAAAGCGCAACAAAGAAAGAAAAUUAAUUUUUAAAAUAUUCGUUUGUUGGUUAUCAAAUCGAUUGAAAUUUUUCAUGACUCAUAAAAAUAUUGCAAAAUCUUCCUUAAAUUAUCUACAAAAUAUCUUCACAUCUUUUUGUUUGAUACUGAACUUUACAAUUAUGUUUUAGAAAUUAGUGUUAUAUAUUUAUUAAAUGCAGCAAAAUAUUACAUUUUCCUUUAAAGUAAUUUCGGCGUUGCCGAAAGAGAUCAUAUUAAACGCUGCGACUAAGUGGAAUUAUACUUUGGUGUUUAAGAAAUGACAGAUCCAAGGGUAACGGACGAGUUAUCCACCGGUAAAACUUUCCUAUUUUUAUGUAUUUAUUAAAGUGCUCCUCCUUUUUUACAAUAUCCUUUAUUAAAAAAUUCAAGUUAAAUAAAUUCAUAAAAAAGUUGUCCAUCCA